AUGGAAUCACCAAACGUAGUAGCGAAUCUGUUGGGUUUGCUGGAAGUCAGGAUCAAAAGAGGUCAUAAUCUUGUUGUUCGUGAUAUGACUGCAAGUGAUCCUUAUGUUGUCAUCAAGAUGGGUGAUCAGAAACUAAAGACUCGAGUUAUCAACAACGAUAUCAACCCUACUUGGGAUAAUGACUUGAUUGUUUCCGUUAAAGAUGCUAAUCUCCCUAUAAAACUAACAGUGUAUGACUAUGAUGUAAUUUCAAAGGAUGAUAAGAUGGGAGACGCAGAAUUCGACAUAAAAGCAUUUGUGGAGGCAUUGAAGAUGCCUCGUCUAGAACGGCAUCCAAACGGCACCGUCUUAAAGAGAAUACAACCUUCGAGGACGAAUUGUCUAGCAGAAGAAAGUUGCAUAAUAUGGAAAGAUAAACAGGUCGUUCAAGAACUUUGUCUUAGAUUGCGGAAUGUGGCAACGGGUGAAGUUGAAGUUGAACUACGUUGGAUCAAUCCGCCUGGUUGUAAAGGAUUAUAG